UCAUGUUGUUGUCAGAUGCUUUUGCAUUGCAUUGGUCUGGUGACUUCAAUUUAGUAGCUUACUUUGUCAGUUUUUAAUAUUGCUUACAGAAUAUGACAUAUUGCUUUCAAACUAGCAAAUAUUUUUUUUAUGUAUGAUACUCUCGUCAUUAGUGAAACAAAUGAUCGAAUAUUCAUCUAUAUGUAGCUAACUAGCGUAACUAGCUAAGUUUGGUUCGCUGUUUAGAGUUUGUAAGCUUGUAAUUAAACCUUGUUCAUGACAAUGGAGAAAAUUGUGAAAGAUGUGGGAGACAUCCAGUCCAGGCUGAUAGAUCACAGACCAAUCAUCCAAGGGGAAAUACGGUACUUUGUGAAAGAAUUUGAGGAGAAACGUGGAUUUCGGGAGUGCCGUCUGUUGGAGAACCUCAACAAAAUGGUUGCGGAAACCAAUGAACAAGCUCUGCCUAACUGUUCAGAAGCCAUGCACCAGAACCUGCUGCAGGCUCUAACAAGAUUGGAGGCAGCUAAUCACAUGGCACAAAGAAUCCAGCAGAGGGAGCUAGAGGCACAGCAGAGCACCCAGAUGCAGGUGUGUCUGGAGCGCCGUAAAGCGGACUGGGAGGAGUUCCUGAAGCAGCAGGCCAUUCUGAAAGAGGAGGUGGACGAGGAGCACGCCAAGGCCGUGGGUCGCCUCAGCGCCCAGUACGGAGAGAUGAAAAAGGACCUCGCCAAGUUUGCCACCUUCUGAUGAAGAUGGACCUCGCCAUGUUCCAUGUUGCCCGCUUCUAAUACCCCCAUUUCUGUAACUCUCUUUCUUUCAAAAGCCGGGGGAAGUGUUAAGUCCACCUAAAGCUAAUUAAAUAACUGGACAAAGUAUUUGCUAAUUUAAUACCAGGAGCCAGAUCCUAAGCACAUACAUAGAUGGGUCAGUUCAAUUCUCCCAUGUGCCACAGGAUGGCUUUAGUUUGCCCAUGAGACACUUUGCUCAUCGACUGACACUAUGUCCGUCAUUGAAAUCAGGGUCCAUUAUCUUUUUCUGACGCCCUCAGCACAGAGGGGUUGUUUGUUUCACAUGCUCACACGUUGCACACUCACACACGUCAUCUCAGGCCACCCAUCAUCCCUCUUCAUCGUACCUGUUUUCUGGCUCCUUUGUUUGAGCAUCUCUCUUUCCUGCUCCCUCUUUUGCUCUCCCACUCUUGGUCUUUGGGUGUCUGUCUGUACCAUUUCUCUCCUUCAGUCACUCUCUCUUACACACUCUCUUUGGACAUUCUCUGUUUCUCUCACUCCCUGUCUUUCUCUGGAUACCCUCUCUUGUACUUGUACUCUCUCUCUCUCUCUACUUUCGUUGUGUGUGGCUGUCUCUUUCUGCCUCCUCAUAUCUCUUUCUCGGCCUCUGACAGGCUGUCUCCCUGUGUGGCUGUCUUUCUUUCUCUGUAUUUUUUUUCCCUCUCUUGGCUGUCUAACUGUCUCUCUUUUUUCCCCUCUGGCCACCUCUGAGCCUUUUUCUUUCUAUGGCCAUUGCUUCUUUCAUUCCCUCUCUCCCUCCCGCCCUCUUUCUGUCCCUCUCUCUGUCUAUCAGUCUGACCAGAUAUUUUUUAUACUCUCAUUUUAGACAGUGUUGAAAUGCCUCUAUGAUAUGUAGAUCUAUAUAUUUCAUUCAAAGAGCCCUUAUCGCACUUUUUUUAUACAGCCAGAACGAUUCCACAGUGUCUUGUGUUAAAUCUGUCACUUUUAUGACCAAUUAAAUUAUGAAUCUCUCACCUGGAAGCUGUGUGCAAAUGUCCAGACAAGCAAAGCUGUGACGGUUUCUUGGCUGUGAGCUCUUACACACUGAACAUUUUUAUUUUUAUCAUGCCCAAGGGUGUUGAAGUAUAUUCACUCACCCUCCGUUGCAUAGAAAAAUAAGGUUUAUUCAAAGGUCUGUUGUACAGAAAUGUCAUUCAGCAAAUAGAGACUGAUGGAUUUCAGAGAUGUUGUGCAGUUGAUUGGUUAUUUAACAUGACUGGUCAAGAUAUUGGACACCUCAUUCACCAAGUGUUGUCAAACAAACUCUCCUUACCAAGAAAAGUCCAUGACGAACCACUCAGUCAACAAUCUAGCACUAAAAACGUCUAGAUGGUUCAACUGGCCUUUUUGACUGAACUGCCAAAGGUCGACUUGUGUCAGCAUCCUCUCUUUGCUCCAUUGUGUUGUAUAUGUGUGCUGAACAAGCAUGGGAAAGAAAAACGUGCAUAUGGAGAGCUAUCAUUGGACAGUAGAGUGAAAAGAGGAAUUCUAAACUGACCAAAUGAGAGAUAGAUGAAUGGACACAUGAAUAAAAAGAUGGAUGGAGA